UCCUCGCAGCGCGGCGCGGCGGCUGGGCGCAGAGGCUGCCCGGCUCGCCCGCCCGCCUGGCCGCUGUGCCCCAUGCCUUCCUCGCCCCCCUCGGCUUCCUCUGCCUCCUCCUCCUCCUCCUCUUCCUCCCCGCCGCCUCUGCAGCCCUGCCCCGGAGCUUUCGCCUAGCCCGGCGGAGGAGAAGCGGGGGCGGCGCCUGGGCUCCGGCGGUUCGUCCGCGACCAUGGAUCUAUUCGACUUUUUCAAGGACUGGGAUCUGGAGCAGCAGUGCCACUAUGAACAAGAUCGAAACGCACUCAAGAGGAAGGAAUGGGAGCGGAGAAAUCAAGAAAUCCAGCAAGAUGAAGACCUCUUCGCAUCUGGCUUUAACCUCUUUGGAGAACCAUACAAGACCAGCAAAGGGGACGCUCUUGCCAACCGUGUGCAGAACACGUUGGGGAACUACGAUGAGAUGAAGGACCUGCUCACCAACCAUUCCAACCAGAGCCACCUUGUCGGCAUCCCAAAGAAUCCUGUGCCACAAACCCCGGUAGACAAAAAUGAGCCGAGUUUUUUCCCCGAGCAAAGGAACCGGAUGAGUGGAAACACCUCCACGUCGAUGCCUCCCCCACCUUCCCUGUCAUCCAAUCCAAGUUUGCUGAAUGGCCACCAAAGCAGCAGGAAAUCCCGGACGGAUUGGUCCCGUGGCAACCACAGCUCUAGUGGGGGCCCGUCGAACCAACCCAGUAGCCAGUCCAAUCGGACCAAACAUAGCUCUUCCCAUGAGCCCACCCAAGGCCGAUAUGAGGACCUCUAUCCCUGCCAGAAUGAGCCGCAGAAAACCGGAGGAGGGGAGGAACUCAACACCCCUCCUUCAUCUUCACAUUCAAGGAGACACAAUCACUCCAAGUCCACAGCGGCCGAGCACUCCUACAAGGAGACCACCCACUCCAAGUCUCCAGUGGAUCUUGACUUUCUGAGCCACGGAUCUCCUCUUCCUUCCACGUCUUUGCUAUCCGCCGCUAACAAUCUUUCCAACCAGAACUUUCCUCCUGGACUCCACUGUAAAAGCAGUAUGACCCAGCAGAAGCCCACCGCUUACGUUAGGCCCAUGGAUGGCCAGGAUCAAGUCCCGAUUGACUCCCCAGAACUAAAACCACCCCUAGAAACUGAGGGGGUGUAUGGAAACCAAUCCUUUGGAAGUCUACUGGAAGGGAAAACCACCGGAUCCAGUUCUAAGAAUAAACUACCAAAGCUUACCAUUCCUCAGAUGAAUGAAGUAAGUGUUAGCUUUUCUUUCUUUCUC